AAAUCAAUCAAAUACCCUUCUUCAAACCAAACUUGUCAAGCUCAAAGGCUUUCAGGUCAAACUGGGAGUGAGAGUGCAGCAAAGCUUUGUACUUUUUCACACUGCCACUCUCACUCUCACCCUCUUAACCCAAACAGAGAACAAAGAACCAAUCUUUCUUUCACCAAACUCGCCGAUCGGAAAAAGGUGCUGCACAAGAAUUGGCUCAAUGUCUUGGGCUUCCCCUGAUGAUGUCUUACUCUCCACCUCUCUUGCUACAUACCUUGACAAAAAACUUCUUGUCCUGUUGCGAGAUGGUCGAAAACUUUUGGGGUUAUUACGCUCCUUUGAUCAAUUUGCUAACGUUGUUCUUGAAGGUGCAUGUGAAAGAGUAAUUGUCGGCGAUCUUUACUGUGAUGUCCCUUUAGGUCUUUAUGUGAUUCGUGGGGAAAAUGUUGUCUUAAUCGGAGAGCUGGACUCGGGAAAGGAGGAGCUUCCGCAGCAUAUGACUUGUGUGUCAGAGGUGGAUAUAAGAAAGGCUCAAAAAGCAGAACGUGAUGCUUCUGAUCUAAAGGGCACCAUGAGGAAAAGGAUGGAGUUCCUUGAUUUUGAUUAAAACCUCCCACCAUCUUAAUAAUCAAGUUGGUCCCAUCUGCAAAUUUUAAUGCAGCUGUGAUUCGAGUUGGAUAGUGGAUGGAAGAAUAGUAUUGUAGAUGCCUUCUGUGGAAACUAGCUAGAUAUGAAACAGAUUACUUGAAAGCUCAUAUCUUUUUGUAGCAGAGGUCAAAAAUGAAUUUGGCUUUUUUUGGCUUCUGUAUUCUAGAGAGCAAGCAACAGCUGUUAUCCUGCCCCAUUUGCUUCAUGUGGAUUUUGUGCUGAUGCAUUUGGGGCAGGUUAUUCAGCUCUUAAAUUAUAGUUUGGUUUUUGAAAACCAGAUGUAGUGAAGAUGAUUUCGAUGUUUGUGCUCAUUUUCAAUGGCUUUUUCAGAAUAUUGUUUUUGGUUUUAGUUUGUGCUUUCUGCCAUGAUCAUUGGCUUUUACUUGUA